GAGAUUGCAUCAUAUUUCGAUUUAAUCAAAAUUUUAAAUGCGUUCGUAAUACAUAAUUGGGUUGAACAUAUUAAAGUUUCAUGAAAUUCUAACGGUGAGAUCUCUAUGUUUGACAAUCAUAUAUUCGUGGAACCCUAAAAAAUACUAUGAAAACGAAUAGGGCGACCGAUCCCUCUAUAUGAACAAACUAUUUAGGAAAAUUAGCUGGAAAACGUAUGCUUAGUUUUGCUAUUGAGCCUAAAACCUGAAGGAAUCAUGGAUCGUUCAAGUAGUCUGAUCACCUCAAGCAGGGACGAGAUGAAUAAUGUACUGGAUCGUUGGGAAACUUGCUCAGCUAAAGAAAAAAGACUAGUCAUAUGUCAAUAUCUCGAUGAUGUGAUGAAAAAUAAGCUUAAUUUGAAAUUGGAUGCCGACCGGGAAAAACACCAAAAAGCUGUCUCUUUAAAUCAACUUAAGGAGCAUGAACUAGUGAUUGGAAUGCUUAAGAUAAUAAAUUCAGUGUGGGACGCGCUAAAGCCUCUUAAAUAUUGUAAAUAUAGACAUUGGAUUCAACAUAAUUUUGAAAGCAGAAAGAAACUUUUAGAAUCUCUCGAAAAAGAGAAGGCAAACAAGAAGUCUUUAAUCCGGUUUUUGAAGCAAUCUGGAGUUAAAUAUAGAACUGCAGAAAAGUCCAAGAAAAAGAGAAUUCGUCGGAGAUUUACUUUAAAAAAGUUUAGUAUGGAAAAGGAUAAAGAUAUAUCUUUGUGGAUCAAGAAGAAGAGACAAGAGUACGCGAUUUUAGCUGAGGGAUUAAAGUGCGCAUCGGAUGGGUUGGGUGAUCCUUGCACUGAUUGUAGGCAACAAGCACGAUUUAUCUUUGACUACUUCAGUAGGUGGGGGAAACCUGCAAAGGUUAAAUUUUAUGCUUAAAUCCGGCUAGGCAGCUGGAAACGCUGAAUCAAUGGUUAAAUUGUGUGUUUUAAAUAUUAUAGAGAUAGUAAGUUGAGUUACUGUGUAUUUUAUAUUUGCCCCAUAAGAUGGUGUAUAUGUCUAGGGAGCUGAAAACGUUUCCUGCGAUUAGAUUGAGAAAUCCGCAUUAAUUAUCAUACUUUUAAUAUUACCAGCAUCUUAGAUAGUUCAACAACAUGGUGUAAACUGAAGUAUGGGACAAUGACAAUUAUUUCGUAUAUUGAUGAAGCUACUACUU